UAAGUGUUAAUGAAAGGAGGAUGUUGCUCGUUGCUUUGUUGUCCUUCGCAUUUGUGACGAUUACUCCUGCCAGUGGGCUGCAGUUGAAAUGUACCGAAAAUCUCACCUUCAAGAAAAACGAAACCUCCGAUCCAUUUUGCUUGAUCCGAGACUACCCGGAAUCGGAUGAAAAUCUCGUGUCAAGUGAAGUGAAUGCUACUACUACUGUUUCGGUGCGUUUACCGUUCUAUCCUCGGAUAUGUUUCUACGAUGUGAUGAUCAAACACCUUUCCGGGGAAAUUUUGUUAACCGAUACCUGCUUGACGGAUUUGAUCGUUUACUACUCCACGGUACCCAAAAUGGAUUUGGUUCCGAUCAUUCAGACGUGUGCCGUCCAUGCGAGCACUCUGCAGCAAAUUGUUAUCGAUCCCGGAAACCAGCAAUACAACCUAAGGGUGCUGAACGUAACCUCCAAUGAGAUGAAACAACUGCCGGAUCAUUUACAUCUGUUGAAGCUACUUGAAUCAAUCGAUUUCAACGAUAAUCAAAUUGAGGUUUUGAAUUUCGACAGUUUUAAGGGACUGGGUCUGUUGAAGAGUAUCUACCUGGAAAAGAACAAGAUCUGCGAAUGGUAUUUGAACUCAAUCAGUCUUCCUAGUUUAGUCAAGUUGAACGUUGCCAACAACGCCAUACAGUGGAUACCGAACAAUGUUUCGUUAUUAGCUUCUCUUGAGGAGCUCAACCUUCGCAAAAACAAGCUUCAGUUCGUUGAAAUGAGCAUCUUCAACAGAUUGAUCCACCUCAAACAGUUGGAUCUAAGUGAAAAUCAACUGCUCAUAGGAUCGAUAGCACCCGUAGUGUUACCAAGCCUAGAAAUGCUAGCACUGAAGAACUGUGCUCUUCCAGAGCUGGACAUGUACCGAUGGAAGUUACCCAAGCUAAGACUCCUCUACCUUCAAGCGAAUCGGCUCCAAUACAUCAAUCACUUCCCAGAAGAUUCUUUCGGCGAACGGGGAAAACUUGAGCUUCACGGAACCGAGAAUCGAUGGAGUUGCACCUGGUUGCAACAACGCAAGAACCGGGUCAUGUUUGUAGGACGGCAAGACUAUCAGCACUGUAGCAAGUACGUUCACAAGGUUUGCUGCUUCGAAGGAGACUACAAUUUGGAGUACCGAGCAGAUCAACGCGUUCAAGCGGUGAAGAAUCAAAACCGGCAAAUCUUCCGGGAGUUGGGCGAACAACGGGAAAUGAUCCGACAAAUGGGAUCGAAGGUGGAACGGCUCGAGGCUGCCAUGGCCGGCGUCGAAAAGAAGAUAGACGAAACUGUCGAGUUGGUGAAGAGUUUUGUGAAACAACUUGAGAAUAUAUAAAAUAAUUUUUUGAAAA